AUGGGCAACUCGCCAUCCAAAUCCAAAAAUGGCCUUCCACUUUCUCGGUCCGAUACUGGCAUGUCCCAGCGGUCCAAUCGCUCCAUCCGGUCUCGACUCUCUGGCAGCAAAGACGACCUGCCUCGGAUGAACAGUCGAAAGGGCUCCACUGCCUCGCUACCGAGGCCUGAUAGCAUCCCCAAUGGCGCCGACGACGCUGGCGAAUCUGCCAUUGUCGAUGACGACGAUGAAGAGGAUGACGACGACCUCCUUCAUCCCCUGAUGCAAACACCUGAACCCAAACUGCCUAUAUUGAUCAGGAGAAACACCAACGAUACAGAAUUCUCCGGCAAUCUCUCUCUUCCUCGUCUGAACAGCAACACAGAAGACGGGCCCGCAUCAUUUUCAAAGUCGCCAACCAACUCAAGUUUCCAGACCCCCAAUACAAGCCUUACUCCACAGGGCACGGGUGGACCCAAUAAUGGCAAUGGCAAUUCUGAUACUCCUGGCGAUAAGUCUGAUACAAUCUCAGUGAGUUCUAAGAGAUCAGCUCGCUCCUCCAUAUCGGCCAAGACUGCUCCGUCGAGGCGUGGUUCAUCUAGAGCACUCGAGGAGUUUGACCAAGAAGGCGCCAACCAGUGCCUGAACCCACUCGAGAUUGAAGACUUCAUUCAAAGACUCCUUGAUGCUGGCUACUCAGGAAAGAGAACAAAAAACCUUUGCCUAAAGAACAAUGAGAUCCAACUCAUUUGCUCAAAAGCUAGGGAAAUCUUCUUACUGCAACCGUCGUUGCUUGAGCUCAGUCCGCCUGUCAAGGUGGUGGGCGAUGUGCAUGGCCAAUAUCUCGACUUGAUUCGUGUCUUCACAAAGUGUGGCUUCCCACCCCUGACAAAUUACUUAUUCUUGGGUGACUACGUCGACAGAGGUAAACAGUCCUUGGAGACAAUUCUCCUCCUCCUCUGUUACAAAAUCAAAUACCCCGAAAAUUUCUUUCUUCUUAGAGGUAACCACGAGUGUGCUAACGUCACUCGUGUUUACGGUUUUUACGAUGAGUGCAAGCGUCGUUGCAAUAUCAAGACAUGGAAGCUCUUCAUCGAUACAUUCAACACAUUACCCAUAGCUGCUAUCGUCGCCGGGAAAAUCUUCUGCGUGCAUGGCGGGCUCUCGCCCGUCCUCAACUCCAUGGAGGAAAUCAGAAACAUUGCCAGGCCGACGGAUGUACCAGACUUUGGUCUUCUCAAUGACUUGCUCUGGUCGGAUCCCGCAGAUACGAUGAAUGAAUGGGAAGACAAUGAAAGAGGUGUAUCAUAUGUUUUCUCGAAAGCCGCCAUCAACAAGUUCUUACAAAAGUUUGGGUUUGACUUGGUGUGCCGGGCGCACAUGGUUGUUGAAGACGGCUACGAAUUCUUUAAUGAUAGAACUUUGGUGACAGUGUUUAGUGCGCCGAAUUACUGCGGAGAGUUCGACAACUGGGGAGCAGUCAUGAGUGUUUCGGACGAGUUGCUUUGUUCGUUCGAGCUUCUCGACCCGUUGGACUCGGUCGCGUUGAAGCAGACUAUGAAGAAAGGAAAGCAAGAGCGUAAGGCGGCUCAAUUGCAGCGCCAACAGAGCAGAUAA